UCCCCCACUCCCUCUGUACCUCCAGUGGCAGCUGUCACCUGUAAGCCGAGCACCGCUCAGGGGCAUGGAGCCCAGCACCCAUUGGAUAGGACCUCUCGGCAGCAACCUAUCCCCCAGGCUGGGGGCCCGGCCCGGUGCAGGCGGAGGGCAGGAGCUCCAAGCGCCCUUCGCCCGGAGGCGUCCCAGUGCGGCGGGGAGGGCGUGACUGCAGUCCAGCUUCGGGGAUCAGAGCUCCAGGUGAGCCUGGCGAGGCGGCUGGGGCGACCCCGGAGCCGCAGGGACCGAGUAUGGCGCUGGCAGCCGCCGCCGCUGCGGCCGCUGCCGCCGCAGGGGUGAGCCAGGCGGCGGUGCUGGGCUUCCUUUUGGAGCACGGCGGGCAGGUGCGCAACUCCGAGCUACUGAGUCGCUUCAAGCCGCUGCUGGACGCCGGGGACCCGCGCGGCCGCGCAGCCCGCAGGGACCGCUUCAAGAAGUUCGUCAACAACGUGGCGGUGGUGAAGGAGCUGGAUGGGGUCAAGUUCGUGGUGCUGAGAAAGAAACCGCGACCUCCGGAGAGACCAGAGCCCCCGCACCCCUCCAGCCCUGGGGUGCUAGCCACGCAGGCUGAGAGCACUGCCGUCCCAGCGGAGGACACCUGCGUCCCCGGAGCUUCCCCUUCCCCACAGCCGUCCGAGGAACCGCAGGAGGACUUGUCCGCACCAUCGGAUCCACAGCCUGCCUCAGGGCCCCCACCCUCAGGGGUCACCCAGCUUGGGGUUCCAUCAAGCUCAGCGCCACAGGCUGGGGUACCCGAGGAUCAGGAGCUGCCCUGGCCCUCGGAGGGAGCCUCAGAGGUAGCCGUACCAGCCAGUGUGCCGUCGGGGGCACCCUCGCCGAGCACAGAGUCGCCAGACCCGAAGCCUGCACCUCCCACGGCGCAAAUGCCACCGCAGAAGCCCUGCAUGCUGCCGGUGCGCUGCGUGGUCCCCGGCCCCGCGGCGCUGCGGAUCCGCGCGGAGGAGCAAGGCCUGCGCAGGCAGCGUUCGGAGGAACCGAGCCCGCGGGCCUCCCCGAUGCUGCUGCGGCGGCUCUCGGUAGAGGAGUCGGGUCUGGGCCUCCACCUGGGACCCGGCCGCUCCCCCCAUCUCAGGCGCCUGUCGCGCGCGGGCCCGCGCCUGCUGAGCCCGGAUACAGAGGAGGUGCCUGCCGCGCCUCCGCCACCGCCUGCGGUGCCCCUGGAGCCCACGGAGCACGAGUGGCUGGUGCGCACGGCCAGCGGCCAUUGGAGCCACCAACUGCACGGGCUGCUCUUGCGGGACCGCGGCCUGGCUGCCAAGCGUGACUUCAUGUCAGGCUUCACCGCCCUACACUGGGCAGCCAAGAGCGGCGAUCGGGAGAUGGCUCUACAGCUGGUGGAGGUGGCCCGGCGUGGGGGCGCGCCCGUGGACGUGAACGCGCGUUCGCACGGUGGCUACACGCCGCUGCACCUGGCGGCCCUUCACGGCCACGAGGAUGCAGCCGUGCUGUUAGUGGUGCGCCUGGGCGCCCAAGUGCACAUCCGCGACCACAGCGGCCGUCGUGCCUACCAGUACCUGCGGCCUGGCUCCUCCUACGCGCUGCGUCGUUUACUUGGUGACCCUGGCCUGCAAGCUAUGACGGAGCAUGAUGGGGCCAGUGGUGGCAGUGGGAGCCUUGUGUCGAGGCAUCCCGUACAGGUGGCUGCCACCAUCCUCGGCUCCACCACUAGCGCGUUUCUGGGCGUCCUGGCUGACGACUUGAUGCUCCAGGACCUGGCUCGUGGCUUGAAGAAGUCAAGCUCCUUCAGCAAGUUCUUGGGUGCCUCCCCCAUGGCUCCCCGCAAAAAGACCAAGAUCCGUGGUGGCCUGCCAUCCUUCACCGAAAUCUCUCGUCGACCCACCCCGGGGCCUUUAGCUGGUUUAAUGCCCAGUCUGCCCCCUCCAACCUGAAUGACCAUGAAGCCACCAAUGCCUUGGUUGACCAACCAGGGCUUGUGCCAUACCAUCUAAGCCUGUCCAAGACAGGACCAACGCCUGCAGCCUGUUCCACUUCCCACCUUGUCCAUCGCAGCCUAUUCUACCCAGAUGGGCCUUCACCUUCUGUCUGAACUUUGAUGUGCCUAUAGAGAUGGGAUUCUUGUUCCCUGAGAGAGGUCCCUGUGAAGAAACUUCACAGGUCUGAACUUGGAAGGAGACUUGAAGUUUAGGGUCAAAGGUUAAGGGGCAGCAGCUGGUCUGGCCCCUGGAGGUGUUAACCAGAGGCCUCUGCAUGGACAGAUUCCCAAACCAGAAGUGGAGUCAGGGUCUCUAGAUAUUCAAAGAUGGCGACUUUAAGAUCUGUAGUGUCUUUGUAAUUGGAUGCUUUUAUUCUGUUUUUAAAUUUAAAAAAUGAGGUAUGGAAACUUUGAUAAUACCUUUUGAAAUUCUGGGUUUUUUUCCCCCACUUUUAGACAAAGUAAGAAGACAUUUUCAGUCUUUUGCUGACUAUUUUGGAAAUCUAUCUUUUAAAAAGAGGGAAAUUAGUCCUAGCCAACAACACUAAAUAAGUUUAUCUACCUCACUGUAGGCAGCACAGAUUCUGGAAUCUUGAACACGGAAUAACCGUUGUGACCCUAAUGAAUGUAACCAAUUCCAAUUGUACUGUGAAUAUCAAAUAUUGCGAAACAAGUGUGUGAUUGGGUGUGGUGGCGCAUGUCUUUCAUCCUACCAGAUGGAGGCAGAUCUCUGUGAGUUCUAAACCAGCCUGGUCUACAGAGCUAGUUCCAGGACAGCCAGGGCUACACAGAGAGACUCUGUCUCAAAACAAACCAAACAGACAACCUCCAAACCCCCCAAAACAAGCAAAAACAAACCAAAAGAAGUGCAUCUUGGGAGUAAGUGUGAUUUAACAAAGAUAGAAAAAGAGACAUUUUGGUAAAUAACUUUAAACUACUCAAAUGUAAAUUUAUUUCACACUAACUGGUGGCUACUUUGAUUUGGCAUGAAAUUUUAAUUUUUUUAAAAUUGUGAUUUAAUUGUGAAUUUUGAAUCUGUGGUUUUCUGUGCAAUGGGUGAAAAGUUAUAAUCAAAGGAAAAAAUUAUUACAUGAGAAAAAACUGUUUAAUAGUAAUUGAAACGAUUGUUAUUUUAUAUGAAAGUUCUGAACAAAUAAGUGUAUGAUAUCCAUUUAAAAACAAAAACACUUGAACUAGCCAAUGCAGAACUUGGUCCAGUGACCUAGAAUGAGCGGUGUAACUUCUGGACCUUUGUUCCUUCCUGUGAAUGGAGCAGGCUCGUGGCUAUGCCCAAGAUUUCCGGCUGGGCAUGGUAGAGUCAUAAUAGUACCCUUCCCUCCCCCCUUUAAAGAAAAAAAUGUGAAAUCUAUUUACUCAAUCAACUUUUUGUAUCCCGUCAUGAUGUUGCUGUCUUUGGGAACUAUGUUUGCAUGUCAUCAGUCGUGCUGAGUGGUUCUUGUGGCACAAGGGUGUGACUUCACCCCCAAUAUACGUCAGUGAGACCUUUGAAAUCAUUAAAGAUAGUCCAGCAGUCAUUCAUGGGAUGAUUUAAAGCCACGAAAUAAAUAGUUCCUGUUUCUAUGUCUGAGACACACUUCUCUUAGCUAUAAUUGAUUUUCCUUUUUUAAAGAAAUGUUGUUAUUAUUGGGGCUGGAGAAAUGGCUCAGUGCUGGAGAAAUAUUAUUGGCUCAGCGAUUAGAAGCAUAUAAUGCUCUUGUGAUGGACCCCAGUUUGGUUCCCAGCACCCACGUAAGGCAUCUUACCACCUCCUGCACCUCUGGACUGUAUACCUCUACAUAGACA